UAGUAGGGGAACAUUAGAAUUCCCCCUACUUCCUCUAUCUCUAGCCGACUCCUCUUCUCUCAAUUCUUCUUCGUCUACACUCUACUCCAUCCAUCUACCAUCUUCCUCCCUCUUUUCUCACAAAAAAUCACCACAAACCCCUCUUUCUCUACCAUAAAUUCCAAUCCUAAUAUCCAAGGUCCAGCCUAUCAUGAGUACGCUACAAAAGAACAAUAUGGGAAACAUGGAGUUGCAUAGAGCUGUUGUGAAAGAAUUGGACGACAGAGAAACUUCCCCAUUAUUCCCGUACAUAUCAAUCCAAUUGCUUUAACUAACCACUGCAAUCUCAGAACUCGAGCAGAAGCGCAGGAAAGAUAUAGAAUGGAGAGGGCGGCGACGAAAGUCCUGGUGGUCGGAGGCACGGGUUACUUGGGCCAACACGUACUGGAAGGGCUAUCAAAGAUCGCCGACGAUGGCGUUCCUUACGAUCUCGCAUUCACCUACCACUCCACUCCAAACCCUCCCCCGCUUCUUCUCGCCGGCGUUCCCCAGUGCCUCGCUUUCCACGUCGAUCUGCGAACCGGCGACGGACUGGAAACUGUUUCUCGUCGAUUCGGCCAGCCUAAUAUCGUGGUGAACUGCGCUGCGAUCUCCGUUCCUCGUGUGUGCGAGAAGGAUCCAGAUGCAGCCAUGGCGGUCAAUGUGCCUUCCGCACUGGUGAAUUGGAUCUCCAGUUUCCAAGAUAGGGACGCUCUUCUUCUCAUUCACUUAUCCACAGAUCAAGUUUAUGCAGGGGUGAAAUCUUUCUACAAGGAAGAAGACGAAGCCGCACCGGUGAAUGUGUACGGUAAGUCAAAGAUGGCUGCCGAGAAGUUCAUAUCUGAGAAAUGCUCGAAUUACGCGAUUCUCAGGAGCAGCAUCAUCUAUGGGCCUCAGACCAUUUCACCUGUUCCCAAAUCUCUGCCAAUUCAGUGGAUCGACGGUGUUCUUUCCAAAGGAGAACCAGUGGAAUUCUUCCACGAUGAGUUUCGGUGCCCAGUUUAUGUGAAGGAUGUUGUCACUGUCAUCCUGUCUUUGAUACACAGAUGGAGAUCAGAGGGUGACAAGCAAAUGAAGCUACUGCUGAAUUUGGCUGGACCAAAUAGGGUUUCUCGAGUUGAAAUGGCUGAGGUUGUAGCAAAAGUAAGAGGGUACAACGCAUCCUUGAUCAAGCCAGUCUCAGCAUCAUCGGUUGAUCGGGGUGUGUCAUCUCCAGCUGAUAUCUCCAUGGAUAUUUCCAAUCUGGUGCAAGCACUAGGCAUUCGCCCCACUCCUUUCCAAGAUGGUGUGAAAUCGACUCUUGAAAUUGCUUGAAAAUGCGUGGAGUGACUACCUCUUGCUAAAUCUGUUUGCUGCGCAGUACCAACUAAAUGAAACUACAGGCUCAUUUGCCGUGUGACGGUGGAGUGUUCCUUAGUUUGUUCUACAAAUCCUCCGGAAGUGCUAAAUUGUCCGAUUGAUCACUGACUUUACAGAAGUGUUUCGGAUUUUGUCAUUAGCAAAAUUUUCCUACCGCAAUAGUCAUUAGCUAAAUUGUCCGAUUGGUCACUCACUUUAAAUUUCUGUUCCCUUAUUGCUAUUGUCUGUUCAAAUUUAUCAUAUGCGACGUAGGAAUGGUAGUGGGGCAGGUUCAGGGCGGGUUUCUUGGUAUUCAGACCCGUCCCGUAGCAGGUCGAGUUAAGGUUGGGUAAUUUAUUACAGGUCGG